UGUGACAGGGACGGAAGGCUAUAUUACCAUCUGUGACAGGGACGGAGGCGGUGCACCAGCUGACGCAGCCCUCGCCCCAGACACUGCGUCUGGCCGCCACCAACAUGGAGGAUGAUCACCGCUGGGCGCUCUGGUCCACCUUCAGCGUCGCCAGCGAGAGUACCGGGUACCUGCUGCUGGUGGACGGGUAUCAGGAAGAGAGUACCAUGGGGGACGUCCUCAUACGGCACGAGAACCUCAGUGGACAGAAGUUCUCCACCCUGGACAGAGACAAUGAUCUCUGGUCAAGUGAGUCCUGUGCUCAGUACCACCAAGGUGGGUGGUGGUACAGUGACUGCAGUGAUGUUCUUCCCACGGCUCCCAAAAAUUUCUUGAAGACAUGGUACUGGAAGCCAGGUGACAGCUGCCCGGUGUAUCUCCAGCAGCUACAGCUGAUGACACGACCCCAGAACUUCCCAACUUGUCACCAGUGA